GUCGGAAACACACGUACCAGUUAUGCUUGUAUUUUGAAGGCUGAAACCGGAAGUGUAUUAAACGUGCAGGAUUGAAUGCUGUCGACUCGGCAGAUCUGAGUGGUUUCAGUGGAACCAGGAGGAAUCAGACAGCAGCGCGAUGUGGUGGGUGCUGUGGGUGCUCGCCGCCUUGCUGGCUCUCUUCUGCACUCUGGAUGUGUGGUACUUCCUCCGGGUAGCUGCUGUGAUCCUACGGGCCUGGUUCCUGCCUCCAAUCUGGGACGUCACCGCAGAGGUGAUCCAAACAGGCCGGGUCACUCCCAAUGACAUCGACAUGUGCCACAUGAACAAUGCUCGUUACCUCCGCGAGUGUGACUUUGCCCGCUACGCUCUCUACAUGCGUAACGGCAUGUUCAAGGCUGUGCGAGCACUCAAAGCUUCAGUGGUAGUGGGGGCCACCACCAUCCGUUACCGCAGGGCUCUUUGUAUAGGUGAGGGGUACGAGCUGCGAAGUCGCAUCGUCACAUGGGAUGACAAAGCUUUUUUCCUGGAGCAGAGAUUUGUGUCAGCAAAAGAUGGGUUGGUGUGUGCCGUCAUGUACUGCAAGCAGAGCAUCGUACGCAGCAGCCCAGACAAGAUCAUGCAGCACCUGUGUAAGCGGAAGGUGGAGUGCCCUGAGUUUCCAGAGGACCUACAGCACUGGGUCAACUUCAUCUCCGCCAGCAGCCAGGCCCUCAGAGCCGAGAGUGGACUAGACGAGAAGAACAAAUAAGACAUUGCAUAUAGCUUUAAGACUGGCUUUUUGUAAGACAGCUAAUUUACCAUGUCAGGUUAAAAAAAAAAUGCAUUUGUCUUCUGUUCACAAUUACUUGACUUAAACACACUUGUGCCUACACAUUUUAAAACUAGCUUCGCUUACACUCCAAUACUUACCUAUGUCAACACUGGAAGAACUUGCGCACCAGGCAGCAAUAAAACAAAUCCAUUUUGAAGUCCUGUCAAUGUAUUUGUAUUCCCUCACUAUUCAUACUGAGCCUCACACACUUCUAAUAAGUGUCCAAGAUGUUUUUUUACUGUACGCAAAUGUGAAACUGAAAACGGUAUUUUAUAAUAGAAAGCUAAAUCAACUGAUCGUGGUUACAAAUCAGAAAGGGAUGCAACACAACAAACAAGAAUUUGAUUGUAUUGUUAAAAUGAAGAAAUACUGUAACAACAAAAUGGACUUACCGUCACAUCAGUUAUAUUAUCUGUAUAGUGGCAUAUACUAUGUAGAAAUAAUCACCAUAGACUAAAACUUUAAAGUAAUAAUCCUGAAGAUUUUAACUUCAAUAAAUGCCCUCCAGGAAGUGAUUAAUGUAAAAUGUAACACUUCAUAGGACACACGCUCAGGCUCUUUAUAUGGGAUUGUUUCAUGUGUGUGUGCAUGUUUUUCUAUGCAAUUUAACCCGACAACUCAAAUUAAAACAUUUGAUGUAUUUGUGUAUUUUACAUGGAAGUAAUUAAAGAAAAUAACAUGAAU